GCGGGCGGGCAGGCAGGCAGGCAGCCGGCCGGCGGCCGCAGGAGAUGUGCCCGGAGGAGGACGGCGGCUGCGGCGGCGGCGGCGUGGCCGGCACCGGCGGCCCCGAGGCGGCGGUGGCUCUGGACGAGCUCCGCUCCUGGUGGGAAGUCCCGGCCAUCGCGCACUUCUGCUCCCUCUUCCGUACCGCCUUUCGCCUGCCCGACUUCGAGAUCGAGGAACUGGAAGCUGCUCUUCACAGGGAUGAUGUGGAGUUUAUCAGCGACCUGAUCGCCUGCCUGCUUCAAGGUUGCUAUCAGCGCAGAGACAUCACAUCCCAAACGUUUCACAGCUACCUGGAGGACAUCAUCAACUACCGCUGGGAGCUGGAGGAAGGGAAACCCAACCCCUUGAGGGAGUCCACCUUCCAGGAGCUGCCUCUACGCACCCGGGUGGAAAUCUUGCACCGCCUCUGUGACUACCGCCUCGAUGCAGAUGAUGUCUUCGACCUUCUCAAGGGCUUGGAUGCCGACAGCCUCCGCGUGGAGCCACUGGGCGAGGACAGCAGUGGUGCCCUGUACUGGUACUUCUAUGGCACGCGGAUGUACAAGGAGGAUCCUGUGCAGGCGAAAACCAAUGGAGAGCUGGCUCCAGACAGGGGAUGCGGGGGGCAGACUAACACCCCAAACGUUCCUGGGAAAACGGGCAAGAGACGAGGGCGACCCCCAAAGCGGAAAAAACUUCUGGAGGAAAACCUGCUGAGGGAGAAGGCAGAAGAGAACUUGCUAAUCCGUGAGACUCAGAUAAGAAAUGGGUCCCAAGGGCCUGGCCGUGGGACAUGGUGGCUGCUGUGUCAGACGGAAGAGGAGUGGAGGCAGGUCACAGAGAGCUUCAGAGAGAGAACUUCCCUUAGAGAGCGGCAGCUCUACAAACUCUUGAGUGAAGACUUCCUGCCGGAGAUCUGCAACAUGAUUGCACAGAAGGAGAAGCGUCUGCAGCGGACAGAAUUUUCUCCCAGGUGGAUGUCUGACCAUCAGCCCAUCAAACCAAUCAAGCAGGAGGUAAACCCAAAUGUGCUGAGUUCAAUGGAGAAGCAGAGGCGCAGAGAGGAAGAGGAGGAACGCCAAAUCCUCAUAGCAGUGCAGAAGAGGGAGCAAGAACAGCUGCUAAAGGAGGAGAGGAAGAGAGAGAUGGAGGAGAAAGUCAAAGCAGUGGAAGAACGGGCCAGGAGGAGGAAGCUUCGUGAAGAGCGGGCCUGGCUGCUGGCGCAAGGGAAGGAGCUCCCCCCUGAGCUUUCUCACUUGGAUCCCAGUUCCCCUACCAGGGAAGAGCGAAGGACCAAGGAUCUCUUUGAACUUGAUGAUGAGUUCACAGCCAUGUACAAAGUUCUAGAUGUGGUAAAGGCUCACAAGGACUCUUGGCCCUUCUUGGAACCUGUUGAUGAAUCGUAUGCUCCCAACUACUACCAGAUCAUUAAGGCCCCCAUGGACAUCUCUAGCAUGGAGAAGAAGUUGAAUGGAGGUCAGUACUGUACCAAGGAAGAAUUUGUGGGCGAUAUGAAGACCAUGUUCAGGAACUGUCUUAAGUACAAUGGUGAAGGCAGUGAAUAUACCAAGAUGGCUUACAACUUAGAGAGGUGUUUCCACCGAGCAAUGAUGAAGCACUUCCCUGGGGAAGAUGGAGACACAGAUGAGGAGUUUUGGAUCAGAGAAGAUGGGAGACGAGAGAAGAGGAGCAGGCGGACUGGCCGCUCCAGCACAGGCAAUGUUUGGACUCGGUCUCGAGACCCAGAUGGAGCAGGGAAAAGGCAGCAACGCCUGGAAAAUGGAGGAAAACCUCCACCAUAUCGAGCUGCUUCCAGGGCUCCUGCUUCUUCCUCCUCUUCCUCUUCAUCCUCCUUCUCCUCGUCCUCUGCAGACGAUCAGAGUGGCAACCCACUGCAGCCUCCUCGAGAAGUGGGUCCUUCCAAUGGGAGAGGUUUCCCUCGCUCUCUGCAGUAUGGCGGCAUGCCCAGCCCUGUACCACAUCCCGGACAGAUGAGACCAGCUGUGCCAGGAACGUUUGGUCCCCUGCAUGGAUCGGAUCCCACCAAACUGUACGGCUCACCGCGAGUGCCUGAGCCCCAUCCUGGAGACCCAGUCCAGCAGCACCAGCACUUCUCCAUGCAGCCGGCCGUGGGACUGAGCGAGCACCGCGGGCACAGGCUGGCAGCCCCAGAGAAGCAGGCAUGCGCAGGACCGACCCACGUCUCUGGCCUCAGCCCCCGGCCAGGCGCCCUGCAGCUGGGGCGCAUGAGCGGCCCCCCGCCAGACGCUGUGUACCCACCAGCCCAGUUCCAGCAGGGCUUCCUUCCCCCGAGGCAUAACGGGCCCCCCAUGAGGCCGCCGGAGGGCUCGGAGGUCCCCCCAGGGCACAUGUACCGGCCCUACAAGUACCUGAACCGCUCACACCCAGCCCUAUGGAACGGCAGCCACGGCCCCACCGCCCAGGGCACUGUGGGGCCAGAGGAGAAGGCGCCCAUGGGGCCGGGGCCCUCUCUCCAGCCCCGCACCCUGGGUCAUAUGAUGGACCCGCGGUCCAUGAGGCCACCACUGCCUCCCAGCCAGUGGACUGAGCAAUCCAAUUUCCUACCUCACGGGGUGCCUCCCUCAGGAUAUAUCAGACCGCCCGGGAAAGCCGCAGGGCAGAGGAUGCCACAGCCACCAGCUGCUCUGUUUGGGGGACCGCCCCAGGUUCAGAGGGGGAGCCAGGGCGGGGAGUCCAUGAUGGACAGCCCAGAGAUGAUCGCCAUGCAGCAGCUGUCCUCCCGCGUGUGCCCGCCGGGUGUGCCUUACCACCCUCGCCAGCCGCCGCCGCCGCACCUCCCCGGGCCCUUCCCGCAGCUGGCUCACGCUGCCUCCGCCGCCAGCGUGCAGCCCCCAAAGCCUGCCGUGGGCAAUGGGGGCUCACAGGAUCCCACCGCACAGAGCAUGGAGAUGGACAGCAACCAAGUAGAGCCACCAGCAGGCAUGGACGAGAAGGCUCAGUGCAUUGGCAUUCCCGACGGAGCCUACGCCAAACUCCUACCUCAUCCCAAGCCCCCACUGCCCAUGGAGUGCACCAGGCACGCCUUGCCCCCAGAUGGGGAGGGAGAUGGUUCCAGUGUGAAGGGCGACCUGAAGGCCGGACAGGGCAAGGGCUCGUGGCCGGCGGAGAGCAGCUAUGCCAGUGGCCCAGGCUGUGUGAGGGACCUGGUGCACACCUCUGAGAGAGGCGGUACGCUCCCUGAGAAUGGGGCAGCGGGCGAGGGGCCAGCAUCUGAUGCCGAGGGGAAGGGGCUCGCUGCCAACCUGCUGGAGAAGCCCCUCUGUGGUGGGGGGAAGGCUCUGCCUGAAGCAGCUGUACCUUGCAUGGGACAGGGCACUGGCCUCCCUGGCAUGGAUGCCAGCUCCAUGGGAGCUUCCCCCAACCAGUUCCACCCUCUCUACAUGCCUGGUCUGGAAUACCCAAAUUCAGCUGGGCGUUACCACAUCAACCCAGGCUUGCAGGGGUUCGGUCCCAUGAUGGGGGGGAAGCCUCCUCCUCCUGCCUCCCACCCUCAGCAUUUUCCUCCACGGGGUUUCCAGCCAAGCAGUGCCCACCCUGGCAUCUUCCCCCGGUAUCGGCCCCCCCAGGGCAUGCCCUACCCCUACCAGCCACAGCCUCAACCUUCCUACCACCACUACCAGCGACCGCCCUACUAUGCCUGUCCGCAGGGCUACUCGGACUGGCAGAGGCCUCUCCAUCCCCAGGCCAGCCCCAGCGGGCAUCCCACUGCCCAUCCAUCCCUGGCCAGACCCCUUUUCCCGGACCGGGGGUCCACCAGUGGCUUGCAGGGCUGCGAGGCGCUGAGCGCUGCCCUGGCCUCUCCCAACCGCAUGGACAUAGCGAGUGCCAAAGAGGUUUCUCCAAGCGAUGGGCAGGAUCUGGGGCCUGAAGAUGAGAAGUCCGAGGAGUCCCAGGAAAGACCAGAGAGUCCCAAAGAGUUUCUUGAUUUGGACAACCACAAUGCAGCCACAAAGAGGCAGAGCUCGGUGGCAGCAGGGGAGUUCCUCUACGGAGCCCCACCACCACACCUGGGCUCAGGGAUGGGAUUCGGCCCAUCAGCUUUCCCUCCCCAUGGGGUGAUGCUACAGACUGGCUCUCCUUAUGCAUCCCGGCAUCCCGCCAGUCAUUUCCAGCCCAGGACAUAUGGAUCGCCCAUGAAUGCUCACCUAUCUCAUCAUCCGGUCUCUAGCCAGACUAACGGCCUCUCUCAGGAGGGACCCCUGUACCGCUGCCGAGAGGAGAACGUAGGUCACUUUCAGGCCUUGCUGAUGGAGCAGAGAGGCAGUGGAAGUGGCAUGGGGGGGCCACCCCAGGACUUGUAUAGACCCUCGGGAAUGCAAAUGCAUCAGGCUCAAGUUCCCUUCCCAAAGAUGCCUACAGCAACCAUGUCCCGGGAAGAUUUGACAUCACAAAAACCAUCAGCAUUGCCUCUGGAUCAAGUAAGGGCUGCUAGAGAGAGUAGAGUUCACAUACAAGUCUUUCCCUUCCCACUGGUUAAAAGAGAAGUGUUUGAUGAAGUGGGAAGCACUGGGGGAAGCUGGGAAGUGAACUAGUGCUAUGUAGAGGAGUUGGGGAUGUCUCUAUGGUCUCAGCUGGUUGUAAAAUGUAAUCUAGGUGUUCCAAUAGUGCUAGCUUUGAACUGGUUGCAUGCAGUCAUGAGGUUAUUCCUUUCUAAAGCUGCCAGUUAAAGCCUCCAACUCUUGUUCUUCCUCUUCCAGAGCUAGUCCGAGGAAGGAAGGACCUCAUGAAGACGAAAGCCACGCACGAUUUGGACAAGGGGGAGGAGGGGCAGGCCUUCCUCCCACCUCCCCUGACCCGAGCAGCAUGUAGCUUCCUGGAUGCAUGGAACACAGUGCUGCGAUGGCUUUUGUGUUGGGAACCUGGAGCGGUGCUGGGCCCCAGCCAGCCGAGCAGCUGGCUCGCCACCACAGGGCGAGCAUCACACUCUGGUGGCUUUCCGUGACCGGAGACUGCGUCUCAUUCAGGGUUUGAGGGAUUUUUGGGGUGGGGGGAGGGCAGGGGUGGGGGCAGAAAUGUUCAUUGACUGCUAAACUCAGGUAUAUUUUUCAGGGUGGAAGAGGACGAUGAUGGAAUUUUACUUGUAGUAUUAACAUGUGUGUUUUGGAGCUGGAUCCAGUUUACAGAAUUUAACCUGUUGCCUUUUUAAAUAAAUUUCUGUUGUUGGUGAAUGUAUUGUACAUAAUGGGGGAGGGGGUGGGCCCAGCUUGUAGUGGGCUUAGCACUGGAGGAAUCCUUAACUGUUUACAAUCAUAUCACACUGAAAUCUUUCAGGAUACAGUGAGGGUCUGGGGGGAGAGGGGAGGGAAUGAAUGAUGGAUGACUUGCUGUCCUCCUUCCUGUCCUCUGCAACCGAGAUAUGACCCAAUGGUUGGUUGACUUAGUAGCAGGAAUUGCUCAGGAGCAUAAUGUGUCCUCCUCUUUCUCUUGUCUUCUUCCUCCUUCUCUUCUCACCCCCACCUCUGCCCCUCUGGAUCCAGGGCCUGAGUGCACUUCCAGCUCCUGUCAGCAUGGGGGAACAAGGAAACCAGGACCAGGAAUUGAAACCAGAAUGGGACGCUCAGGGCAUCGUCCCUUCUGCUAGUAUAGUACCCUUUCUGCCUUUCUGAUAGGAGAAAUUUGUGCUCUGGAAAACAGAAAGUGGUCAUCUUAGCCUAUUUUUGGUGAAACCAAUGCAGCUGCUGGUGGAGUGGCACCUGUCCAGUAGAACAAACUGUGCAAAUCUGUAGUGCCCUGCUGCCCAAGGGCAGGAGCCAAGUUCUUUCUCUGACCCUUGGCUAUAUUCACUUCUUAGCAGCUGCAAAGCAGGCAGUACCCCAGUGUUCCUGACCACUCUCAGUUCCUGUGGAGGAAGAGCAUGAGGCUGCUUUAGUGGAAUGGAAUUGUUGGUUUAAUGCAAUGUGAGCCAUUUGUUGGCCUGUGGAGUUGGAUUUGGCAUUUGCAAGUUGCAGGUGAAUCAGAAAACACUGAUUCCAAAUCAGAUGUUGAGGUUGCAUGUCUCAGAGGUUGAGGGAUGAGAGGGCAGUAUGCUAGAGUUGAGUUGGUUUAACUUUGUCAUCACUGAUAGGUAGCAGCAGGUCCUACAGGGCUAGUGGCAGCUUCACUUGGCUGCAUGUAUUCUGUAGGGGCUUUCCUCUUGUACUGGUUGCAGUACUUUGUCAGCCACUGGUGUUCAAAGGCAGGUUUAGCAAAUAAAUUCAGUAGGAAUCUCAUCUGCAUUUAUUCACACCUUAAAGCUAACAGGCAAACAGAUUUGAUAACUCUUGGGGGAGCUGGGGUAAAACAGGGGAGUCUCUACAUUACAAGGCAGGGCAGCAAGAUCUGCUGGGACCAUAGCCCUAGUGGGCAGGCUGCUGGUUGCACUGAGGGGUACAGGGGUAUGGUUAAAGGGAGGAUGUACUGAUGUGUUGGACAAAUCAUGCCAGCAAGAGCACUAGAAGUGAGGACAGAGCAAUGUGCCCUUUAGUCUGUGCUACCAGCUAGGAGAGGGUCUUUGGAAGUUUCUGGAGAAUUUUUCUGGCUGCUUUGUUGUCUUGGAUGGUGCUAUCACCUCUAUCUUCAGCUGGAUUGCACUGGCAUGCAUGACUGUACUGCCUUUGUCCUGCUGUAUAGAUCUACCAUGUGCUGGCAAAGCUGCUUGAGCAAAUGUCAGGUAGCAUCUCACUGAGCCAUUAUCCUUCUGUCCUAAGCUCUUAUAAGCACAAAAAUCCUAAAAGAUGAGAACAUUUCUCUCUUAAAAUAAUUAGAACAGGGAAGGGCCGCCACAUUAAUGCCCUCUUACCAAUAACUUCCACUGCUCUGUUGCUACAGUACUUUUGCCUCUGAGGUGUGCAGGGCCAAGGCAUUUUCCAAGCCUAACAGGAGUUAAACUUCUUCAUGCUAUUCCCUCAAGUGUGAUUAUAAAUGCAGUUCUUGUUACUCACUGCUGCUGCUAGCCUGUGAGCUAUAGCUGCUGUCUGCUUAGAACCUCCAGUUGCCUGGGACAGCUGGUCCCUCAACAAAGGAAGACUUCAAUAUAAUGUGAAUCACUUACAAUGCCUAUCUAUAGAUGCCAUUACAAAAGGGAGAUUUUUUGGGGGGUGUAUUUCUUUUUUCCUUUUCAUUUGUGCUGAUCUGUCAAGAAGCAAUUGUCACUGAUGGAUUGGUGUAAACUGGAAUAGAUGAUCCUGAAGGUUGUCCAUUGACUGAGAACCAGGUAGCUGCUCUCCCUAGCCAAGAACAUUGUGCUAUGGCUCAUCUGAAAUAGUCCUAGAUCUGAGGGUCUGCUGCUGGCUCAUCAGCUGGCAGUGGGUUUUCAGAGGUGCCCAAGCUGCUCUGAAAUGCAGGCCUAGAUCUCCUACUGAAGGGAGAUACUGAAGCAGUUGCAGGUAUAUAUGAAAAACACCAAGUGUAGCAGCUCUUCAAGACAAUAAACCUGAGACAAAGGAAAACACAGUUGCUUCUCCUUGUAAAGCAAUCUUUAGUUCAUUGUAGGUAUAAAAAGGAUUGGAAAUAGCACACUUAAAAAUAGAGGAACUGUAAAAUGUAACUUGUAGCAAAGUAUUUGAAAUUCUGGAAAUGUGAAUGUAGAUUCUUCCAUCCACCCCUGCUGUACUUCAGCCUGUGUCUUCUGUCUCAUUACCCAAAUAUUUGAAGUGCCUUUCAUUCAGCUUGUUGUGAACUUUGUGAAACAGGAGGUUUUUAGAAGCUACAAAAAAAAAAAACAACUAAGCAAGCUGAAGCACUGUUGGCCUUCAGCUGGAACUGGCACUGAAAUCAUGGUUCCUAGCGGGCAUGGUAUCUGGAUGAGUACCAAGCCCAGAUCAAAACAGGGAACAAAUAAGAACAAUAAUUACUUGUGGUCUGCUUGGAGAGCAUAGUGGAGUGUUGGACAGUGACAGAUACCCUGAGGAUCUUAUGUGGAGUGUGUGACAUGAAGAUAUUAUCCCUUACCUGAUAUAAUGCAAAUCUGGGAGAAGGGUUUAACUUGUGGAUGGUAGACAAAACGGAUUAGUGACUGACUCCUUUUGGGAGGGUUUCUAGGUAAAUGGCUUUUGAUGUAGUCAGUAAUUCUUAUUAAAGUGACUAACAAGCUGCUGUUGUAAGGACACAUGGUUUAUAUUAGAAAAGUACUAAUAUAGCCUAGGGGAACUAUGGCUGGGCUACAGGGAUAAGGGCUAUCCUGGGGACAGGACACAGUAAGGUAGAGAGCUGCCUGUGGAAUCUUAGCUCAGAGUUUCCAGACUUGCAAAUGCUUUGUUCAUAAGUGUUUGGGAUUUUCUUCUUUUGUGGUGAUAUUUAGGGAUCCCCCUAAAAUCAGAGCUCUAUCUCACUAGGUACAUACAAUCUGAGUAAAUCAGAGAAAAUUGGCCCCCCCUCAGAGGGCACAGAGCAGAUUGCCGGUGUGGAAACACGUGUGGAGCAGCAGAAAACAUCAGUUUUAUAGUUUAUGGUUUCCCAUCCCAUGCUGCACAGGCCUGCUUUGUGGAUAUUGUGAAAGACACUGGUUUAAAGAGGGAUCUAUAAGAGAGCAAAAUGGCAGUUCUUUAUAUGCCAAGGGUUGGCAUGCAGCGCAGGAGAAAUGUAUCUGCAUUUUAAAACAUCCUAGGUUUUGAAUGCCAUACUAGUGUCCCUAUCUUACAUAAUAUUUUAACACAAUUAGGAACUUCCAGACUCUGGUUGGAAGCCCUCUUUCUCAUCCCCCAGCAUUGCUGUAGUAUGAUAUAUACCAGUCGAUCCUUUUUCAGAAGGCAUCCUGAGCUAGCAACUUUGCAGAGUUUCCUGUAGCUAUUACUUUUCCCGUACAGAGGAUGUGUUUUGCUAUAAUUACAGAUUUCAUCUUAAACUUAAGACUAUACCGUGCAUACAACAAUGAUGCUGACCAUGCUUGAGCAUGACAAAGAUUUCCAGUAUUCUCAAAAAAGCUUUGUAUGCUACUCUGGAUUUUUAGCCUCUUGUUCUCCCCACCACCUCCUCCUUCACAAGUGGUGUGUGGUGUUCCCAAGCUCCUGAGAUGCUCAAUUGCCGCUUGUAAAUGUCACUGUAUAAACUCCCUCUGGGACUCUGGAAGCUUUGGGCAUCUGAAGGACUGCAGGCCCUGCAAUUCAGCUAAGCCUUUUAAGAAGGCCAGUCACUUGAGGCUUUGCAGUGAUUUUUAGCUGUGUCUAGCAGAAGUUUGCAGUCUAUAAAUUCCAUGGUGUGACCCACCAAACCACUUGGUAGCAAUCCAAGGCACCAGCCUGCAAUGAGGACGACAAAAGAGGAAAGUAAAUUUGAAGCUUCAAGGCCCAACUGGUUUGAUUUGCGACUUUAAAGUACAUGGAGACACUUUUCUUGGAAGAGCUUCUGAUUCUUUCUCAUCCGCCAAAUGCCUUUCCCAUGCAGACUUUCUGAAACUAAUCUCCUGUGUAUAUUUUUGUAAGUGUGGUUUCUCGGGGUCUUGGAGAGCUAUCAGCUUCUUGAUGUCUUAUCUGAAAGCUAGUCACAGAGGCUGUCUUUCAUUCUGCUGACUGAGGCAGUUCUCCUGCAGCUUCUCACCCCAACGCUUCUCCAUUUAAAAUGAAAGUAUAAUGAGAAAACAACCUUCCUUUAUUCCCUCUACUGAUCUCUGACAGUCUUCUGUGCAUCUCUGUGUUCAGCCAGGGCAGUUGCUUUGCUCUUGAUGGCUUUGUUCUGUUUUCCCUUUCCAAGGGGAUAGUGCUGCAAUAUGCAUUGUGGAAUUCCUCAGAAGGUGCCAAACUGAGUGACAGGGAAGUACCAUCCCAAGGGGUGGCUCAGAGAAGACAAACAGGGGGAUUUGUGAUGGUAUGGUUGCUCCCGGUUCCAUGCAACUACAUCUGUGCUUAAUCAGGGCAACCCCUCAAAAAGUUGUCACUGCAGUUCAAUGGUGGUAAAGGAGUUUGCUCUUGCAGAAUUCCUGCUGUAAGUCCAUGCUGGUGGUUGAAGGGCAGGUGUGUGAGUGCCGUAUCCUUUCUGUAAGGCUGAGAUGGAGACAGCAGGCUGGAAAAGUAGUGCAGCUGCAGGCCAUGUGACAAGCAUCAAGGGCGGGUGCUCAUUGUAACUGAGAAAGCAUCUCAAACAUUGACCUUCCAGCCUUUCCCCAUCUGUACCUGUUUAACAUACAGAUGGGGGUAAAGGACAUUUGGGCUUGGCAGGACCCCUGCCGCCCAUGCGGAAGUAAAAAGCUUUUAGCCAGCACAUAAUGAACUACGCAUCCUGGUUUUCACUCCCUGCUGCCCACCUCCCUCUGAAAAAGAUCUGGGGAGGGACCAGUUUCCAGCUGUCUCCAAAGAGGAGCUGCUGGGAUGACAAGAGCAAGGCUUGCUCCACCCCUAGGAGAUUCAGGACAAGGUUUCAUGUGUUUGAAACUAGAUAGCAACGUACAAGUGUACCUUCGAAGUGCAGGUGUAGUGAGCUGCAUGGUGCUGUUCUGGUUUUGGUUACUGUCCUAUCCUAGCUCACAUGCAGUGUGUGAGAGACCAUGAAGCGUUUUGUAGUUUUAACACUGCUGGCCUGGCAUCAGUUGAGGGUUUUUUUCCCUUUAUUUGCAGCAGUGCCCUAAAUUUGUUUCGGCAACAGUCUUCCUGUGUUUGAAAUGUGGAUGUCAAAGUGGACAGUGUGUCCAGGAGAGAGCAAGAGUUACAUCCACCAGUGGAAGAGGGGAGGAAGGAUUCAUUAGGGUUAGGGAUUAAUUGGGAUUUCACCAACUCUAGUGAGUCCCUCUGUCCUUUGCCCCUUCCAUUUGGAAACACUUGGCUCGCUAGCAGAAGGGCAGUAAGUGGUAUAUCUUCUAAAUAAAAGUAGAACUGACUCCCUGUGGGCAAAAUUUCCUUGCUGUGGAUAAAGGUAGACCAAACACCCAAUAGGGACUCAUUUGGCCUUCAAGUCAGUAAGAGGAAAGCAGACACCUAUUGCACUCAAACACUGUGGAGCACAUCAGAGGAGCAACCUCCCUUUCUGAAGCCAACCAGGCAGCUACAAGAGCUCAGUGCUCAACUCUUAGUCUGGAAAAUCCUCUGAUCCCCUUUUGUGUCACAUGCCAGCACUUCCUCUCUCCUCCCUUUCCUAGCUUUCAAGUUUCUUUCUCUCUGCUCACUUUGCUACAGUUGGUUACUGUCAGAGAUGAAAGCUCACUGCCCAUGUGAGUAGAAGGGCAGGAGGUUGAACUUGGCAGCUGUCUCCAUAAGGCAGGCAGGUGGGGAGUACGCGUUUUCUCUCCUCAUGGAAUUAAGGUGUCCCCAGUGGCUCACUGUUGUUCUCUCGCAUGCCCCUGCGGUUUGCCAUCCUGGCGUGGUGGUGCCUGUCCUUCUGCCAGCAUGAGGGUUUGCUUCUGGCCUCUGUGCAGGGCUCCUGCGUGUGAUCCUGGUCUGUCUACCUCUAGCGGGGCUUAGGUUUAAAACACAUACUGUGUACAACCAUGAAAGCUGUUGCCUCUCCUCCUGGAUAGAUCAACGAACACAGCUGCAUGAUGUUUUUCUGAGCAGUAAUAAUGUGCAGCAGUGUAACUUGACUUUCCAAUAUUGUUUCAGGGAGCAAACGGCUGUGAAACACACUGGGGGGCUUUACUCUUUGAGUGGGAAACAAGGUGCUCUUGGUGGCCCUGCAUCUUAUCUACACCACAUUCCUGCUUUCCCAGCAGCUGUUGGGUUUAUUUAGGUGGCCGGGAGAGAGCUGGUUGCUGCUUCUGUGUUUGGGAAGGUAGAAAGGGAAAUCGAAAGUUGAAGUUCAUCCUCGUCCACAAAGCCAAGCGCAUGGAAGAAGGGUGUCUGCUGCUGCCACAGAGGGAAGGGUGGGUAGACUGCUGACUUAAUGCCUCUGGGGCAGGAGAGUGACCCGUUGCUGCUUCAUUUGGCACUGAUGGGGCAGGUAGCAGGAGAGCCUAUACCACUACGUUCAUUUUUAUUGAAGUUGGGUGAUGUUGGGGUUUUUUUGUAUUAUUGUAAGUUUGUAAAGAAUGUAAUCUGUCUGUUGGGGGCACAAGGAGAAAACGGGGGCCUUUCUCUUGUCGGGUGAGGCUGUUCUUAUGUUGCUGUGUUUUUUGGUUUGGGGCGGGGAGGGGGUUCGCAGCUAUUUGGGCAAAAGCCUGCAAAAGCAUUGUCAAAUGCUUGCCACUGUCCCAGGACAGCCAGAGGGUGAGCUAAUGCUGUGGCAUUAGCUGUGAAAAUGCCCCCUGCCUGCAACCCUCAGUGGGGGGAAUCUGACCUGCAAGGGGCUCUGCACUGGGGUGUUUGGUGGGGUGGUGGGAUGUAACACUCAUGGUCCUGCUCAUCUGAAUACAGAGCUGUAUGGCUGCCCAUGCUGUUUAGGAAGGGUUGGGUUUGAUAGCCUGAGUUUCUCAGUGCAAGAAGGAGUUUGUGCUGGAGUUGCUCUCCCCAGCAGGGGCUGAGGUGCUGCACCUCUCCAUCCAUCGCCUGCUGCCCGGCAGCCCUGCCCCUGCCUCCCUCCCCAUCCCGUAGAGCACAGUGUCAGGGAUCCUCUUCUCUCUCCUGCUGCUGCAAAGUUGUGUGAACUUUCCUGGUCGAUACUGGAAAGGGGAAUGCUAUUUAUUUUUAUAUUGUGUAUAUUUUGUCUUGGUCUGCUGAUUACCUUUGUUCCCCAAGAGCGACAGUUACCUCAAUAGUUAGUUUAAUACUGUGUGUUGGGUAAUUUUUUUAAAGAACUUUUUUAAAAGCUUGAUCCUUGGAGGUCUGUAGAUUUUAUUUCCAUAUGAAUUGGUUAUUUUGUAUAAAGUAAGUUCUUAAAAUAGCAA